UUUGUGCAGUUGGGAAUGUAUGAAGAUUCCUUUGAUGACCAAUAUGUUGGAUGCCUCAACCAAAUGGAGGCCCUAGCGCCAGAUUUACUGAGAUUGGAAAGACAGAAUGACAAGGAAUUGGACAAUGCUUGGGAAGAAGCUUCUGAAGUUUGGCAGAUAGUAAAGUCCUCAAUGAAAACUCUUCCUGAGGGAUUUAAAGAUGAACAUGGGAUAGCGCUAUUAGUGUACAUCACUUGUAAAACUAAUUUAGUCCCCGCUGUACAGCAAUAUGGCUUUGCUCCCCAAUCAUUCAGGUACCACUCAUUGCAUUUCUACAUCACCAGAGCCAUGACUUUGCUCCGAGCCGGGUGUGAUGGGAAACCACUGACCACCUAUUGGGGGACUAACACAAUUUUUUUUGAUCCACCUUCUGAGCCCCAGCAAAAUGUCAGACUCGGACAAAUUCAUUUUACAACUACUGACUUCAGUCUGGUGCUGAACUUUGAAAAUGUUUCUAUCUUCAACAUCACCACUUGCUUCGGGGUGGAAGUAGACAAUUUCGCUAAGAUCUAUUCCAAAAAAUACGUAAUUAUUCCAGUGAAUGAGGUGUUUCAUGUCUCCAGAAACACCGAGAAGGCGAACAAUUUCAUUCUGCAGAGCACUGAGAAGAGGUGCAGCUACUACAACUGUGCCUACCUGGGAGGCAGUAAGAGCCAGAUCUGCAAAUACAGAGCAGGUCCAGUAAAUGGAAAGUCCAGUGAAGUAGCGACAGAGCCCCUGCUGGUUGGUUUGGGAAUUGCUGUCAAUUUCAUGGCAAAGAUCAUGACAAGCUGAAUCUAUAACUGCGGAUUCGGAUCCAGGCUGGAAAGAUAUUUAGGUGGCUGCAUCGCAGUGGAAGUCCUGCAGUAGUAUUCCAAGAAAGGGGACAGCUUCCAUCUGCCUAUACAUAAUAAAGA